AUGAGACUAAUUAAUUUAAUUAAGUCUCCUUUCUGUCUAUUAAAAAGACAACUUUCAAAUCAAAUUCAAAUUUGUAUAAUUGGUAGUGGCCCAUCAGCCUUUUAUACUGCUCAGGCUUUACUAAAGAAUCAUGUAGGUGUGCAUAUCGAUAUGUUUGAAAAGCUUCCCUCGCCUUUUGGUUUAGUCCGUUAUGGUGUGGCUCCAGAUCAUCCUGAAAUAAAAAAUGUAAUAAAUACUUUUGUUGAAGUCUCUAAAAAUGAACGAUUUUCCUUUUUUGGUAAUGUUUGCAUUGGAAAAGAUAUUAAACUAAAAGAAUUACAAGAAGCUUAUUCAGCCAUUAUUUGGGCUUAUGGUACUGCUGUUGAUCGACGUUUGGAUAUUCCUGGAGAGGAUUUACCGGGUGUUUUGUCUGCCAAAGAUCUAGUAGGAUGGUAUAAUGGUGUACCCAACAAUGUCAAUUUUUCUCCUGAUCUCAGCUGUGAAACAGUUGCUAUUAUUGGUAUGGGAAAUGUAGCAAUUGAUGUUGCACGUAUCCUUCUUUCCCCGAUUGAUCGAUUAAAGUCUACCGAUAUACCAGAACCUGUGAUUGAUUGUUUGUCGAGAAGUCAAGUUAAAAAAGUCAUUUUAAUUGGUCGAAGAGGUCCCUUACAUGUGGCUUUUACUCUUAAAGAAAUUCGUGAACUCUCAAAACUUCGUACAACUUCACAGUCUAAAUAUUUCAUAAAUUUACUACCAGAGGACGUAUUUUCUGUGACUAUGGGGACAGCCAACCAGAUUCAAGAUUUGUUAUCAGGACUUCCUCGCCCUCGACGUCGUUUAACAGAAUUUCUGUUAGAAAUGCACAACUCUUCCAGUCACAAGACAAAUUAUACAACAUACCAAAUGUACCAUUGUGACUUACAAUUUUUACGCUUACCAAAAGAAAUUGUUUCGUACGGGCAACAUCAUUCUGAUAAAAAUCGUUCCGUAGUAUCUCAUAUAAAGUUAGCAACAGUUAAAUUAACAGGUCCGGUCAGUCCUCAUCAGCAAGGUGUAGUAGACGAUAGUCAACCCUUAGAAACCUUACCUUGUGGUUUGGUUAUUCGCAGUAUUGGUUAUCGUGGUGUCCGUAUUGAUCAAGAUUUGCCGUUCGAUGAACAUCAUGGAGUGAUUCAGUGCAAGGACAACAAUGGACGUGUAGCUGAUCUACCUCAACUUUCAUACAAUUUCGUCUUAAGCCCAAUGUAUUGUACUGGUUGGAUUAAACGUGGUCCAGUUGGUGUAAUUGCUGAUACAGCUGUAGACGCUCGUCAAACUGCUGAAACUAUUCUUAAGGAUUUGUCUGAAUAUGAGAAACUUGGUCAUGUAGAUAUAUUAAACAAGGUUGGAUUCUCUGUAAUUCAACGUUACCUUAACGAAAGAAAUGUACGUGUUGUAAAGUUUGAAGAUUGGGAACGUAUAGAUCAAGCAGAAAAGUUAGCUGGUCAAUUACUUGGUAAAUCAAGAGAAAAACUGACUACAAUUCAAUCCAUGUUGAAAACAGCUUUCAUUGAUGUUGCACACUAUAAAUCAUCCGGACGAUAG